AGUGAGGACGCGUAAUAAGAGCAGGAAACCAACACUCCAAGGACUCUAAGUGGCCCCCGGACCCUAGUUUGAGCAGCAGUGGUAUCCAGGGUCUGUUGAUGGGUGUCUGCUGAUGAAAGCGUCAACCUCGGUCUCUCUCUCCCCGGUGGCUUCGCCUCCCUUGUUAUUUAUCUCCUGUUUGUCGUGUCGCUGGUUGUACUCUUUUAAGAAGGAAGGGGAGGGGAAGUCAACAUGGCAGCAGCGGCUAAUUCCACGAGCUUUAGUGCGCUUCAAAUAGGACAAGUGUCUUUUUUUAUGGAGUGAUGGAGGAAACGAGGAGACAUUAUCAACAUGGCGACAGCUACCGCGGCCCCCUCGGCUCCUUCUGAAACCGCGACAAUUAAGCUCUCUGCCCCAGCUGAGCCCCUCGCUGCCCGCUGAAGGAGCAGGAUGACAAGAUGGCACAGCUGCUUGUACCGCCCGGACCUGACAGCUUCCGCCCCUUCGUCCCCGAGUCGCUGGCCGCCAUCGAGAGGCGCAUCGCCGAGGAGGAGGCCCGGAGACCACGGGUGGAGCGCCGCUGCGACAGCGACGAUGAGAAUGGGCCCAAGCCCAACAGCGACCUGGAGGCGGGGAAAUCCCUGCCCUUCAUCUACGGGGACAUCCCUCGCCACCUGGUGUCCACCCCUCUGGAGGACAUGGACACCUUCUACAGCAAUCAGAAGACCUUCAUAGUAUUGAAUCGUGGGAAGGCAAUCUUCCGUUUCAACGCCACUCCUGCCUUGUACAUCUUAAACCCCUUCAACCCUCUGAGGAGGGUAGCUAUUAGAGUUUUAGUACACUCGAUGUUCAGCAUGUUGAUCAUGUUCACCAUCCUGACCAACUGUGCUUUCAUGACCCUCAGCACCCCCCCGGAUUGGGCCAAGAAUGUAGAGUACACAUUCACAGGGAUUUACACCUUCGAGUCUCUUAUCAAGAUCCUGGCCAGGGGCUUCUGUGUGGGGAAGUUCACUUUCCUGCGUGACCCAUGGAACUGGCUGGAUUUCAGUGUUAUCUCCAUGGCAUAUGUCACAGAGUUUGUGGACCUGGGCAAUGUCUCAGCACUGCGAACCUUCAGGGUUCUGCGAGCCCUGAAAACUAUAUCAGUCAUCCCAGGUUUGAAGACCAUCGUCGGCGCUCUAAUCCAGUCCGUAAAGAAGCUAUCGGACGUCAUGAUCCUCACCGUGUUCUGCCUCAGCGUCUUCGCCCUCAUUGGCCUGCAGCUCUUCAUGGGUAACCUGAGGCAGAAGUGCGUGCGCUUUCCAAUCCACAACAACAGCAGCAGCAACAGCAGCAGCAGCAACAUCACUGCAUACGACGACAUGUUCGACCCCACCUUUGCGCCGAACGUGACGGCGUUCAACUGGACGGAGUACAUCAGCGAUGAGGAUAAUUACUAUUACCUCCCCGGCCGCAGGGAUGCUCUGCUCUGCGGGAACGGCAGCGGCGCCGGGCAGUGUCCAGAGGGCUUCAUCUGUGUCAAAGCUGGCCGUAAUCCAGACUACGGCUACACCAGCUUUGACUCCUUCAGCUGGGCCUUUCUGAGCCUGUUCCGACUCAUGACCCAGGACUACUGGGAAAACCUCUACCAACAGACGUUGCGGGCGGCAGGAAAACCCUACAUGGUCUUCUUUGUCCUUGUCAUCCUCCUGGGCUCGUUCUACCUGGUCAACCUGAUCCUGGCUGUUGUGGCGAUGGCUUAUGAUGAGCAGAACCAGGCGACCAUCGAGGAGGCCCAGCAGAAGGAGGAGGAGUUCCAGGCCAUGUUGGAGCAGCUGAAGAGGCAGCAGGAGGAAGCACAGGUUGCCGCGGCAGCAGCCACCGAGAGCGGAGAGUACAGCGGCAGAGGGGGCCCCACCUCGGAGUCCUCCUCGGGGACGUCGAAGCUCAGCUCCAAGAGUGCAAAGGAGCGACGCAACAGGCGGAAGAAAAGGAAGCAGAGGGAGGAGGAGGAGGAGAGGGGGACCCGGGACAAGUUUCACAAGUCUGAGUCCGAGGACAGCAUCAAGAGGUCCAGCUUCCGCUUCUCUAUUGACGCCAACAGGCUGUCCUAUGAGAAGAGAUGCUCCUCACCCAACCAGUCCCUCCUCAGUAUCCGUGGAUCCCUCUUCUCACCGCGAAGGAACAGCCGUGCGAGCCUCUUCAGCUUCCGGGGCCGGGCGCGCGACAUGGGCUCUGAGAACGACUUUGCAGACGACGAGCACAGCACCUUCGAGGAAAGCGACAGUCGGCGGGGCUCCCUGUUCUUGCCGCGCCGUCUCGAGCGCCGCUGCAGCGCCGUCAGCCAGACGAGCCUCGGGGCGCCCCGUGUCAUGCUGCCCGCCAACGGGAAGAUGCACUGCGCCGUUGACUGCAACGGCGUGGUGUCGCUGGUCGGGGGGACUUCAAUAACAACCUCUCCUGUAGGUCUCCUGCUUCCUGAGGGGACAACUACAGAUACUGAGCUUAAGAAACGCCGGUCAGGCUUUCACCAACCAUCCACAGAUUACUUAGAUGAGCCAGGGAGCAGGCCGAGAGCCAUGAGUGUGGCCAGCAUCCUCACCAACACCAUGGAAGAGCUGGAAGAGUCGAGACAGAAGUGCCCCCCAUGCUGGUAUCGAUUUGCCAACACCUGCCUGAUCUGGGACUGCUGCCCGGCAUGGCUGAGGAUCAAGGAAGUCGUCAGCACAAUAGUCAUGGACCCAUUCGUGGAUCUAACCAUCACAAUUUGCAUCGUCCUGAACACCCUCUUCAUGGCCAUGGAGCACUACCCCAUGACGAAGGAGUUCGAUAGUGUCCUCUCUGUUGGAAACUUGGUGUUCACAGGCAUUUUUACAGCAGAGAUGUGCCUCAAGGUCAUCGCACUGGAUCCCUACUACUACUUCCAAGAGGGGUGGAACAUCUUCGAUGGCAUCAUUGUUAGUCUGAGCCUGAUGGAGCUCGGCUUGGCCAACGUGGAAGGCCUGUCUGUGCUCAGGUCCUUCAGAUUGCUGAGGGUCUUCAAGCUAGCCAAGUCUUGGCCCACUUUGAACAUGCUGAUUAAGAUCAUCGGUAACUCAGUGGGAGCUCUGGGGAACUUGACUCUUGUCCUGGCCAUCAUCGUUUUCAUCUUCGCCGUGGUGGGCAUGCAGCUGUUUGGCAAGAGCUACAAGGAGUGUGUGUGCAAGAUUUCCAGCGACUGUAAGCUGCCACGCUGGCACAUGCAUGACUUCUUCCACUCCUUCCUCAUCGUUUUUCGGGUGCUGUGCGGAGAGUGGAUCGAGACCAUGUGGGACUGCAUGGAGGUGGCAGGACAGUCCAUGUGCCUGAUUGUCUUCAUGAUGGUCAUGGUUAUUGGAAACCUGGUGGUUCUUAAUCUAUUCCUGGCUCUCUUACUGAGCUCAUUCAGCGCCGACAACCUGGCGGCCACUGAUGAAGACAGUGAGAUGAACAACCUGCAGGUUGCCGUGGGCCGAAUCCAGAGGGGCAUCGCCUUCAUCAAAUCCGCCGUCCGACAGUUCCUCCGCAGCCUCUGCUUCGGCGGAACCGGCAAGGGCUCGGUCCUCGCCGAGGAGAGCAAACCACUGGACGAACUGCACAGCAACGGCAAGGGCAACUGCAUCUCCAACCACACUUCAGUGGAGAUCACCAAAGACCCCAGUGGGGUGUACGUGAUGGAGGGAAACGGACGUCCUGGAGGAGGGCUGGUGGUUGGGGUCGGGGUUGUUGCUGGGGUUGUCGUUGGGGACACUGCGGGCAAUUACCCAAUGGAGGAAUGCGACUACAUGUCGUUUAUUCAUAACCCCAGCUUGACAGUCACUGUGCCUAUCGCUGUGGGUGAGUCAGACUUUGAGAACGUGAACACGGAGGAUUUCAGCAGCGACUCGUCUGAUGUGGAGGGCAGCAAGGAGAAGCUCGACAUAGAGCCCCGGCAUCCGAGCUCAUCGGAGGGGAGCACGGUUGAUAUCCGCCCCCCAGGAGACGGGGUGGAUUCGGAGGAGCUGGAGCCCGAGGAGUCACUGGACCCAGAGGCCUGCUUCACAGAGGGCUGUGUGAGCAGGUUCCAGUGCUGCCAGAUCAACGAAGAGGCCGAAGAUUUUAAGAAUUGGUGGAAUCUUAGGAAAACCUGCUUCGUCAUAGUGGAACACAACUGGUUUGAGUCCUUCAUCAUAUUUAUGAUCCUCCUCAGCAGCGGAGCGCUGGCGUUUGAGGACAUAUACAUCGAGCAGCGGAGGACCAUCAAAACAGUGCUGGAGUUCGCGGAUAAGGUCUUCACGUAUGUCUUCAUCUUGGAGAUGUUGUUGAAGUGGGUGGCUUACGGCUUUGUCAAGUACUUCACCAACGCCUGGUGCUGGCUCGACUUCCUCAUUGUGGACGUGUCCCUGGUCAGUCUCGUAGCCAAUGCUCUGGGCUACUCCGAGCUCACUGCCAUCAAAUCUCUGCGGACACUGAGAGCCCUCCGACCCCUGAGAGCUCUGUCUCGGUUUGAGGGUAUGAGGGUUGUGGUGAACGCGCUCCUUGGGGCCAUCCCCUCCAUUAUGAACGUGCUGCUGGUCUGCCUCAUCUUCUGGCUCAUCUUCAGCAUCAUGGGCGUCAACCUGUUCGCAGGGAAGUACUAUCACUGCGUGAACACCACCACGGACAUUACCCUCCCGACAAGUAUCGUCAACAACAAGUCUGAGUGCUUGAAUUUGGCUAACGACAGCGCCCGCUGGAAGAAUGUCAAAAUCAACUUUGACAACGUCGGGGCCGGAUACCUGGCGCUGCUGCAAGUGGCAACAUUUAAAGGUUGGAUGGACAUCAUGUACGCAGCCGUGGACUCACGAAAUUUGGAAGAACAGCCCGACUACGAAGUGAACCUGUACAUGUACCUCUACUUUGUCAUCUUCAUCAUCUUCGGCUCCUUCUUUACCCUCAACCUGUUCAUCGGUGUCAUCAUCGACAACUUCAACCAGCAGAAGAAGAAGUUUGGAGGUCAGGACAUCUUCAUGACAGAAGAGCAGAAGAAAUACUACAACGCCAUGAAGAAACUGGGCUCCAAGAAACCACAGAAACCUAUCCCUCGACCUGCAAAUGCAUUUCAAGGCUGCGUGUUCGACUGCAUCACAAAGCAGGCCUUCGACAUCGUGAUCAUGAUCCUCAUCUGCCUUAACAUGGUGACCAUGAUGGUGGAGACAGACGACCAGACGGAUGACAUGGACAGAAUCCUGUACUGGAUCAACUUAGUCUUCAUCGUGCUCUUCACUGGGGAGUGUUUGCUUAAGAUGAUCUCUCUGCGUCACUAUUACUUCACCAUUGGUUGGAAUAUAUUCGACUUUGUGGUGGUGAUCUUGUCCAUUGUGGGGAUGUUUUUAUCUAAAGUUAUUGAGAAGUACUUUGUAUCCCCGACACUGUUCCGAGUGAUCCGUCUGGCCAGGAUCGGUCGCAUCCUCCGCCUCAUUAAAGGUGCCAAAGGCAUUCGGACGCUCCUCUUUGCCUUGAUGAUGUCCCUCCCUGCCCUCUUCAACAUCGGCCUCCUCCUUUUCCUUGUCAUGUUCAUCUACGCCAUCUUCGGCAUGUCCAACUUCGCCUACGUGAAGCGCGAGGCAGGGAUCGACGACAUGUUCAAUUUCGAGACUUUCGGGAACAGUAUGAUCUGUUUGUUUCAGAUCACCACAUCAGCCGGUUGGGAUGGCCUUUUAGCGCCGAUACUGAACAAAAGAGAACCGGACUGUGACAGCCAAAUGGAGCAUCCAGGGAACUACUACAAAGGCAACUGUGGCAACCCCUCAGUGGGCAUCUUCUUCUUCGUUAGCUACAUCAUCAUCUGCUUCCUCAUCGUGGUCAACAUGUACAUAGCCGUCAUAUUGGAGAACUUCAGUGUAGCCACGGAAGAGAGCGCCGAACCCUUAAGUGAGGACGAUUUUGAGAUGUUCUACGAAGUGUGGGAGCGUUUCGACCCGGGCGCCACUCAGUUCAUGGAGUACAGCAAGCUCUCGGACUUUGCCGAUUCCCUUGAUCCACCCCUUCGAAUGCAAAAGCCGAAUAUGAUCCAACUCAUCUCCAUGGACCUGCCAAUGGUGAGUGGCGAACGCAUCCACUGCCUGGACAUCCUGUUCGCGUUCACGAAACGAGUCUUGGGUGAAGGUGGUGAAAUGGAUGUGUUGCGUGGGCAGAUGGAGGAGCGCUUCAUGGCCUCGAACCCCUCUAAGGUGUCCUACGAACCCAUCACCACCACCCUCCGACGCAAACAGGAGGACAUGUCGGCCAAAAUUAUCCAACGAGCCUUCCGCCGCUACAUGAUCCGCAUCGCCAUGAAGAAGGCCUCUGCUCUUUACAAGGAGCAGCUGAAGGAGGGCAUCCGCGACCCAGACAGGGACGUCAUGGUCAUCAGCAAAUUCACAGAGAACUCAACCUCGGACAAAACGGAUAUGACCCCAUCCACGGCUUCUCCGCCCUCGUACAACAGUGUCACGAAAUCGGACAAGGACAAAUAUGAAAAGGAAAACAGGGAAAAGGAAAACAAAGGGAAAGACUUGAAAGAUCGAAAGAAAUAGACUCUUUAAAAAAAAGGAACAAAAUGCAUCAGGGACAUGACGGAAAUUUGUUUACAGCUUAAAACAAGGGGAAGAUAGACGUGUACGCUUGUGUGUUGAUUAAGAGUUGAGAGAUGCUGAUAGGCCUGAAAAGGGAGUGAGGUAAUGUCUUAUGUGAAUUCUUUCGGUCUUCUCAGAGUGGAAACAAAUGAUCCAGCAGACACUGCCAGAGUUUUACUGGAACACGGAAAAGCCUCUCUGCAAACGCUUGUGAUUUUUCAAUUGGUUGUUGUUACUAUCUGACACACUUGAGUGUACUGUUAAGUUGUCUGUAGCUAGUGCUGCUGCUACUACUAUAAAUCCAGUGUCUUGAAUUUAACAAUCGCUGUAUCACUUAAACAAAUACUCUGCAUUUUUUUUGUGUUCUCUUUUUUUAUGUCCAAGGUUUCUUUUUUUAAUGAGGAAGAAUGUUUUCUACUUUGUCGUGUCAUUAUCGUGAGAAUGUGUCCACCGCGCUUUUACUGUUGUAAAAAUCACCAAGGGCAGAAAAAGUCAAUGCUGGAAACUACAACAACCACAUGAAACAAGCACCGGAAUUGUCUUUGUUCUUACAGUACAGGAAGGUGAAACAAAAGGCAUACUGUUUAAGUGCAAUGGACGUAUACGUUGCAUUCACUGGGCUGCCAUCAGUGAGUGUUGAAAUCUGUAUUUUGCUUCUAUCUGGACUGCAAUCUCCCCUUUUCAUUCGAAAAUACAAGUCUCUGUACAGAGAAGCUGAAUGUAUGCAAGGAAUGAGACACCAUUAAAGAUAUUGUUUGACAUUUCGGAAAAUUGUCUGCUGCUUUUUUGCGUGAUUAUGAGAAGAUUGAUACCAAGUCUAUGUCUGACUUUAAAGUAGCUAGAACCGCUAGCUAGUUAGAGACUGGAUACCCAAAGAAACAGCAUUUUGGGAUUCAAUGUACCAAGUUUCAGUCCCCCAUUAUCAAUUCUGAUACUCAAAAUUAUCUGGCUAGCUUAUUUGAGUAGCCCACGUUCAAGAACAUGAUAUGAUACACUACAAUACGACACGUACAGUACAAUACAGUACGGUACGCUACAAUUUAUUAUUAUUAUAGUCAUUGUGUAAAUGUCAAGUAGCUACUAGAUUUAACAUGAAUUAGCUCUAGUUGAGUAGCCUAUAUGACGAAACUUGGUAAAUAAUUCUACAUCACUUGACCUAACCACUUCACCUAAGUUGCUAUAAGCUAAUUCUUAUAGAAAACAAAAGGUGCAAUACAAUUAAGUCUCUCCGUAUGUUCAAAUAGGUUCCAGACUAAGUUCAUCGAUUGUUAGCAAAACUACAUGGAGUGCAUUUGUGCUUUGCUAAUUAGCAAAGUAAAGAAAGUAAACAAUUCAUGUCUCCAUUAAACAAGUUUAUUUGAGAGCUUAAAAAGUGCUAGUUGAUGUAGUUUCCCGCCCUUUUUCCAACUGCCCUGAGCCACUCUGAGGUUAAGCUAGGCUAAGCUAAUCAAUUCCAGGCCGAAGCCCCAAGCUAGCUAACGCACUGCCAUGUGUAUGGUAUCAAUCUUCUCAUCUACCUCUCAGCAAGUCAGCACAGACUUUUAUUUCCCAAAAGAGUCAAAGCUAUUCCUUAUAAGACGACGCUCAUUCAUCCACAGCCCUACAGCAGUGUCUCCUAAUGCAUUUGUUCCCCAUCCCACCAUCUCCCCACAUCUUCCAGAGCUCUUGUAAAGAAUUGAUCUGAAGAGGUACAUGUUACAGCUUUCAGCCCACGACAUGACAAAUACUGUAUAUCACAUUUAAAGGUUAUAAUAUCAGAAAUAUUUGUAUGACAUUUCAUGUUGUUUCUUGGUUGGAAUCAAGAAGUGGGUGGUUUUGAUGUAGUGGUUCAGUUUGUAAAUAAUAUAGCUAUUUGGGCCCACAGUAUGCAUCACACUUACAUUUGAUGUAAGAGCACUUUUUAUUCCCACUGCUAUGUUAUUCCACAUGUGGCAGUCAUAAAUGUAAGUGUGUGUAUGUGAGGGAGUUAGGUGUGUGUGUAUUUGUAUGUCUCAGUGUACAUUUGUAAAAAAAGGGAGCGAAUGUAAGCAUCUGUGUUUGUGUGUGAGGGUGUGUUUGCCUUGUGCAACUGGGGUCAUUGGGUUGCUUUUGUUCCACCGGUUAGAAGAGAACAUUUUUACUGUAGAUACGAGUGCAUUUUUCCAGUCAGCGGAUUUGUUUUACAUUUUUUCUAGAGCUCUUUUUAUUUCCAACACAUGAUGAAACACAUGUUUGGUCCCCGUGUCUGUAGAUACAAACCAUGAAGCAAUCAGUAGCCAUCUCUCAUUGCGCUUGUAGUGUUAUAGUGAACUGCAUGCAAGAAAGUGACUACUGUCCGCUCAUAUGGUCUUUUCAUUUUAAAGCCAAAAGAAUAAAGGACAUAUUUUUUGUAAA